GGACCAAAAAUUUAUUGCAGAGUCGCACAUGAAUCUCAAGCUUCUCUCUCCUUUUUUUCCCAUAGCACAUCAGAAUCGCUAAAUACGACUCCUAUGCAAAGAAGAAGCUACUUCUUUCUCUUGCCCUAAUUAAUCUACCUAACUAGGGUUUCCUCUUACCUUUCAUGAGAGAGAUCAUUUAACAUAAGUCACCUUUUUUAUAUCUUUUGCUUCGUCUUUAAUUUAGUUCUGUUCUUGGUCUGUUUCUAUAUUUUGUCGGCUUGCGUAACCGAUCACACCUUAAUGCUUUAGCUAUUGUUUCCUCAAAAUCAUGAGUUUUGACUUCUCGAUCUGAGUUUUCUUUUUCUCUCUUUACGCUCUUCUUCACCUAGCUACCAAUAUAUGAACGAGCAGGAUCAAGAAUCGAGAAAUUGAUUUGAGCUGGCGAAUAAGCAGUGGUGGGAUAGGGAAUUAGUAGAUGCGGCGGCGAUGGAAGGCGGUUACGAGCAAGGCGGUGGAGCUUCUAGAUACUUCCAUAACCUCUUUAGACCGGAGAUUCACCACCAACAGCUUCAACCGCAGGGCGGGAUCAAUCUUAUCGACCAGCAUCAUCAUCAGCACCAGCAACAUCAACAACAACAACAACCGUCGGAUGAUUCAAGAGAAUCUGACCAUUCAAACAAAGAUCAUCAUCAACAGGGUCGACCCGAUUCAGACCCGAAUACAUCAAGCUCAGCACCGGGAAAACGUCCACGUGGACGUCCACCAGGAUCUAAGAACAAAGCCAAGCCACCGAUCAUAGUAACUCGUGAUAGCCCCAACGCGCUUAGAUCUCACGUUCUUGAAGUAUCUCCUGGAGCUGACAUAGUUGAGAGUGUUUCCACGUACGCUAGGAGGAGAGGGAGAGGCGUCUCCGUUUUAGGAGGAAACGGCACCGUAUCUAACGUCACUCUCCGUCAGCCAGUCACUCCUGGAAAUGGCGGUGGUGUGUCCGGAGGAGGAGGAGUUGUGACUUUACAUGGAAGGUUUGAGAUUCUUUCGCUAACGGGGACUGUUUUGCCACCUCCUGCACCGCCUGGUGCCGGUGGUUUGUCUAUAUUUUUAGCCGGAGGGCAAGGUCAGGUGGUCGGAGGAAGCGUUGUGGCUCCCCUUAUUGCAUCAGCUCCGGUUAUACUAAUGGCGGCUUCGUUCUCAAAUGCGGUUUUCGAGAGACUACCGAUUGAGGAGGAGGAAGAAGAAGGUGGUGGUGGCGGAGGAGGAGGAGGAGGAGGGCCACCGCAGAUGCAACAAGCUCCAUCAGCAUCUCCGCCGUCUGGAGUGACCGGUCAGGGACAGUUAGGAGGUAAUGUGGGUGGUUAUGGGUUUUCUGGUGAUCCUCAUUUGCUUGGAUGGGGAGCUGGAACACCUUCAAGACCACCUUUUUAAUUGAAUUUUAAUGUCCGGAAAUUUAUGUGUUUUUAUCAUCUUGUGGAGUCGUCUUUCCUUUGGGAUAUUUGGUGUUUAAUGUUUAGUUGAUAUGCAUAUUUUGGUUUCUCGUG